CUCCCCCGGCACCGCCCCCAGCCCCCGGCCCCAGGCCCCCUGCCCGGACAGCUCGGAGAUCCUCGGUUGCUGCUGCAGCCGCGGCCUCGCGUGCGCCCGGACGCCGGGGUCUCCCGCGCAGUAGCAGCGGUGGGCGGCGGCUCGGGGCUGGCCAUGCCGGGAGAGCAGGAGGAAGAGGAGGAGGAGGAGGAGGAAGAGGAGGAGGAGGAGAGAGAGAUGCAAGAAGAGAUGGUGCUGCUGGUGAAGGGCGAGGAAGAAGAGGGUGAGGAGAAAUAUGAAGUGGUCAAGCUGAAGAUUCCAAUGGAUGGCAAGGAGAUCCCAGGCACAGCCCCUGAGCCUCCAGCAGAUCCAGCCCGGCCUCACGCCUGUCCUGAAUGUGGCCGAGCCUUCGCCCGCCGCUCCACCCUGGCCAAACAUGCGCGCACCCACACUGGCGAGCGCCCGUUUCCUUGCCCAGAGUGUGGGCGCCGCUUCUCCCAGAAAUCUGCGCUCACCAAGCAUGGCCGCACCCACACAGGGGAGCGGCCCUAUGCCUGUCCCGAGUGUGAAAAGCGUUUUUCAGCCGCCUCGAACUUGAGGCAGCACCGACGCCGGCACACAGGCGAGAAGCCUUAUGCCUGCCCCCAGUGUGGGCGCCGUUUUGCCCAGAGCUCCAACUAUGCCCAGCAUCUUCGUGUGCACACUGGUGAGAAGCCCUACACCUGCCCAGACUGUGGGCGUGGCUUUGGGGGCAGCUCCUGCUUGGCAAGGCACAGGCGUACCCACACAGGGGAGCGGCCCUACUCCUGUCCCGAGUGCGGGACGAGGUUUGCCCAGAGCUCGGCCUUGGCCAAACAUCGACGGGUGCACACCGGGGAGAAGCCCCACCGCUGCCAGGUGUGCGGCCGGGGUUUCGGUCACCGCUCCAACCUGGCAGAGCACGCCCGCACCCACACGGGCGAGCGGCCGUACCCCUGCCCCGAGUGUGGCCGUCGCUUUCGCCUCAGCUCCCACUUCAUCCGGCACCGGCGGGCCCACUUGCGGAGGCGGCUUUACAUCUGCGAGGGCUGUGGCCGCGGCUUCAAGCUAGCAUCUGGUGUGGGGAGAGUGGGGGGCAACGAGAGAACCGACCGGUGCCCUGAGUGUGAGGGGAGCUGAGGACAGACAAACUGGGGGGGCUGGCGCACGUAUCCCUUAGGAAGGGAUAGGGGAAGGAGCAGCAGAGAAGGCCCCCACUCCCCAGGGAGAGGGAGCAGUAAGGGAGGUUCCUCUCCACUGCAUGAGGAGAACUCUGGGAGGAGAAGUUUCUGCAUCUGCCACAGGAAGUGUCAGAAGCAGCACACUGUCUCCAGAAGGCCCCUAGAAUAUUUCUAAGGGAGCUAUGAUAUGCCCCUGCUCUCCAACCCUGCCUACCUGGUUUUUUCCCUUUCUUCUCACUGAGUUUCUUGCUCUUUACUCUGCAAAUGUAGAAUCGAAGGGAGAAAGGUAGGAACCAGCUUGAGGGAAGAACCGGGGACCCAUAAGCCAAGGGCUCCCAGGGAUGCUUCCAGCUUAGGGGAGGAGGUCAGGGGCUUGUGUUAACUGGAGGAACUAGCCCCCCCUCCUACGUCCUACACACGUUGGAGCCUGUGUUCGUGAAUAAAGUAUUAUCCUCCUGUUAA